GUCACCACCAUCGUUCUUAUUUAUGUUUCAUAUCAUUUUCCACGUCUUGUAACUAAAAUAGUUCUACAGAAGCCUUCAUAUUCUACAAAUAGUAAGCCAAAGGUGAGACAAAUGCAUUCACCAAAGGAUAUGUCAAAAUGGAUGGAAUCACUUCCAGCUGAAAAGCAAAACAGUUCGCUCCAAAGUCUGGUCAUCCCUGGGUCACACGACUCCUGUUCGUUCUCUAUCAGAAAAGACCUCGAAGUCAGCCCAGGCGAAUCAAAAUGGCUGAAAGCUUUGGCUCAUCUUUUCCCAAAGACAAUCAAGUCGAUCAUUUACAAUUGGUCUGUGACACAAUCUUAUAACAUAUAUCAACAACUAAAGGCAGGGAUAAGAUAUCUUGAUUUGCGUGUAGCCAAAAGACCAAAAGAUGGAACGUACCGAGUUGUACAUGGUUUGUACGGAGCUACAUUAAGUGAAAUGUUGGCACAAGUGAAAACUUUCUUAAAAGAAUGCCCGAAAGAAAUUGUCAUUCUAGAUUUCAAUCACUUUUAUGGCAUGACUUCACAAGAUCACACAAUCUUCUCCAACUCAAUCAAAUCAGCAUUUGGAAAGACACUGAGGCCCCCAGGAAGCCAAGGAGUGAAUGUCACCUUAAAAGAGCUCUGGGAAAAUAAUGAGAAUAUCUUGGCAUUUUAUCUUGAUGCAGAGACUGUCAAGAAUAAUCCAUGCUUUUGGCCAAACAGCAAAAUAUACUCCCCCUGGGCAAAUACAAGUGAUCUGAAUACAUUACUUCACUUUCUUGAAAAUGAAACAGAGAGCAAACUACCCCCCGAGGAUCUCCACAUUGCUCAAGGUUUGCUCACCCCAAAUGCCAAAGUGCUUCUAGCAAACAUUUCCAAGUCGUUGAAAACCACACUCGCAUUGAAAGCAACAGAUGCUGUAACGACAUGGCUAGAUGAGCUACCAAAAAACAGUCAGAAAAAGCUGAAUAUUAUCAUUGUCGACUUUGUUGAAUCAGAUAACUUUGCAAGUAAUGUAAUUGAGAGAAAUUACUAACAAGGUGGUUGUUAAGAAAUUCAAUUUCAAGCUGACAGAAUCUUUGGGACAGAGUAUAAAGCUUUUUUUGGUCUUUAUUUACUAGCAAAAUGAAUAACAAAAGUUGACACCAUGUGUCAACUUGCAAUAGCAAAGCUUUUACAUUCAAAACACCGCUGUGGUAUUUGUGGUGCAUUUAGUACAAGCGUAAAACAUUGGUCAUGCUAUUUUAUGCUAGUUCUUUUGUUUACGCUUGUUCAACUAGCACUAUUUUGCACAAUUUAGUAUUGAUUGUUUCACAAUUUUACUGAAAGCACUCUACAUAAGUUACCCUACCAGACUAUGAUAUUAUACAUUUAAUAUAUUUUUUUUUUCAUUAUUACAAAUCAAAUACAAUAAUUAGCUAUCAAUACAAUUUAUGUAAAUAUUUAAAAUUAUUAUUCAAUUCUAUAUUUGAUAUGCAAAUCAACUACAUUGUUUACAUAGGCAUGUAAUGAUCAUAGGUGAAUGUGCUUAUUUGAAAAAACGUUAUUUUCUUGGGCAAUAUUUUCUAUUUUAUGUAGAAUUUUGUUAAUUGAAUAGGAUCAAGAAUUUGUAUAUACUAUAUUUUUGUAAAGCAAAAGGUGCUGCAUUCUUAUACUAAACUAGAAUGAAGGCCUUCAAACAUGCAUGCUAAAAUAACAUUAACUUUUAAACAUAAACAUAGUGUCAAUACAACAAGAGCAAAGAUGGUGGGUUCAGCCAUUUUUAUAAGGCGGUGAUUUUGUAAGCAAUAAUUCCUGAUACUUUAAUAAAAAUGCACUUGAAA